GGAGCUUGAGUUCUACAUCAGUGAGAAACCUGCGGGUGCGCAAAGAGGUCGUGGUCGCCGCCGUCUCCUCCAAUACCGGCACAAAUGUUUCUUACAACGAGAUAACUAGUCGUUAGAGAGCAGCCAUGGAGGAGCUACUGUCACUAAAGUGGAACAACCAUCGUACCACUUUCAUCCACAUUUUGGGUGUUCUCAGGGAUAAGCAAGCGUAUACGGAUGUCACGCUGGCAUGUGAUGGCAAGUUCUACAGUGUGCACAAGUUGGUGCUUUCAACGUGUAGUGAUUAUUUCUGUGCCAUGUUUGACAAGACAGCUUGUAAGAGCCCAGUUAUAGUGCUAAAAGACAUUAAAUGUGAGGAUCUAGAAGCCUUGCUUGACUAUAUGUACCUUGGUGAAGUGAAUGUGCGACAAUGUGACUUAGCCUCUUUAAUAAAGGCGGCGGAAAACUUGAGAAUUAAGGGCCUUGCUGUACCUGACGAUGAACCUCCUAAUAAAGGCACGGUGGCUGCACCUACUUCACGAAGUGAACCAGUUAGAAGAGAUGGAGGAAGUGGUAGCCCUCCAACAAAAAGAAAACGAAGGGAUGAAGGCGAAGACGGUCGGGAAGACGUUAGACCGCCUCCACCGUCGCAGGGUAGUUUACACACACCUCCACCUCCAUCUAGACCAAAGAGCCCUGUUAGUCAGCGGCUAAGCCCCUCCCCCCAUAGAACAUCUCAGGAGUCCCCCAUUUUGGAAGAUCGUACCAGCCGUCCCCUCUCCUCACCAGUGGAACAACCCCCUCCAGCACCUCGGGCAUCAUCACAACCCCCUGCUCAGUCGUCGUCUUCUCAACCACCAGUCAAUCAGUACACGCCGGAUGAGACUCCAUCUUUUGUAAAGGUGGAGAUGGAGGAAGAACAGCCUGAUGAUAUGCACGGAGACUCUUACGACUUAAGUACGGACGGUUAUAAGGAAGAAGGGGACGAAUCUGGAAGUGGAAUGAAUAGUGAUUUACCUGAGUUCCUACAAGCUGCUGCCUCUGGAGCCUUAGCCAGUAGUACUGCGUCUUAUCCUCACCACUCCUUUGCUGGACCCUCUGGCUAUCAGCCGGGUGACCUGGCUGGCUGGCAGGGUGACGGAGCAUCUUUAGGGUUUCCCGCGCAUCUAAACUUCACCUCAGACAGUUCUAGUCAACAGAAUGCACCCGGGGUUGACAUAGCCCGACAAGACUUGGCGUACACAACCCCUCAGGCAGUGGAUAGACGGCGACACGAACCUGGCGGCCACGCUCCAGAGGGAGGCAUUGCAGGUGGCCUUGGAAUAGGAUUGGGAGGAGAAAAAAUCUCCCUAUCCUUUUCAAGGUCAUGUAGUGUCUGUGGCCAUUCAUUUAGUGGCAUAACUUGGAAACAGAAGCUUGAACGACACUUGUUGGUUCAUACAGGGGAGAAACCCUUUCACUGUCCUUAUUGCCCACAUCGUACCAAUCGCAAGGAUGCUCUCAAGGCUCAUGUUGCAGCCUUACACAAGAUUCACCUUAUUACGUAGCUGCUGAGGCUAAGGAAAAUGUCCAUGAACAAUUGUUAUGAAUGGUGAAUUCAUAUUAUAGUACAGUACUUGUGAAGUGUCAGCUACAGUAUACAGUAUCUUGGUGAAGAAGAGGUGAAAGAAUUACCUUUCCAGAGUUCAUUUACAUUAAAAAGAAAUUUAAGUUUUUCUUUUAACAUAUCAGUUGCUGUUUUAUCAUGGAAGUUAUCUGCCUGAGGAUAAUGUUACCUUAUGGCUCAUUACAGUUGAUUUAUAUUUUAUUCAAUAAUUAUUAAUUCUGCUACAGAUCUUUUUCCACUUAUUAUAAAUUAUUAUAAUUUGACAAAUCUUGUUUAUUUUAAUUUUUUUAAUUUUUUGCAUGUGCAAAUAUUGUCAACACAGUGAUGAAGCUCUGCCUGUGGUCAUACACUGUGGUUAUGUAAAAGUUUUUAUUUUACCUUAAAAGACUCAACUUUACUCAGUUAAGAAGGUUAAUAAUUUUCUUAAAAUUUUCACUGAAUUUUUUGUGAGUUUGGUAGUUAAGAAUGUUCUGCGUUUAUUUUACGGUAUAGCAGUAAUUUCUACUUUCCCUAUUACUGUAUUGUAUUGAAGAAGAAGACUUGAAAUUCAGCAUAGUUGAAGUAUGAGCAGCAGAAAUUGACAGGGAUAGAAUGAUAAUUGGUGGAGUACAGCACAGUAGAAGUGUACUGCCACAGUUUUUGAGACAGUGUUGAUAAGAAUGAGAGGAAGUUGUGUGGAGAGAAGAUGGUUACUUGAAGAGAACAGUGCAAUCAGCUAGUUACCUCUGCUAUAACACUGUACUGUAUAUUAUGAAUGACAUAGUUCUCUUGUGUGUUUGGUUCUUGAUAGGACGAGGCGGCGGUCAGUUGAUGAGGAAGAAUCAUCCAUAAACAGAAAAACUGGUGAUGGUGUUAAUUUAUUCUUUAUUUUGAUGUCAGUUAAACAAGAAUAUUAUUGAAGAAACUUUAUGUAUUUCAGUAUUAGUUAAAUGAUAUCUUAGUUUGUGUUUGAGAGGUGAGGAUACUUAUUUUUGGAAGGCACUCCAGCCCCCCAGUACUGGUUAUUAAUUUAAGAGGAUUAUAUUUGAAGUUUAUUGAGUGAAACAUGACUAAGAUGAUGGAUGUGAGGCUAAUCUAUACUGUAAUGGUGUGUGCUGGUGAGAAGAGGGUUAAGUUUAGACAAAGUCAGUUGAGAGAUAUAUUAUUUGUUUCAUAGACAGGGAGAUGUAUUUGUGUAAGUGGUGUGGGAUCAGUGUUAUGACACUACAUGUAUGAGCUGGGCAGUUGGCAGUCUUAAAGUUCUGUAGUGACUUGGACCCCAGGGCAAAAUAUUUUUGUGCAUACAUCUGAAGUCUCAAACAUCCCAGAUUCCAGCUUAGGGCAUGGUCUCAUGUUUCGCCUUUAAAUGUGGUUAAUAUUAUAACACGACUGUGAUAGUGAAAACAAUACAGUAAAAAAAAAUGGGGUUUACCAUUGUUCGGCUUCUAGUCAGGUGGUCAGCGUGAAGAUGCUGCAGAUUGAAUUUUUUUUUAAACAGUUAACUCUAAUGGUGAUCUACAGCUGACACCCAUGGUGACCAAACACUGCAGCACAUGAUCUUUGUCUUCUAGGAAACAGUAUCAACAGGUUGACCUCACUUCCUGGCACAGUUCUAUAUAAUGAACCUGACAUGACCUACCUCACAGUGUGUUUCCUAAGAAAUAGUGCCACUAACUGCUGUAUUGUCAGAUAAGUUGGGGGGCUGUUACUUGACAGGUGACAUUUGAAUUUUAAAAUAAUAACUUUAAUCAUAGGACCUUGUGGCCCACAGCUGAAGGUUACACUGACUUUGGAUCAUCCCUUGUUAAAUAUUCCUUCAUCCCAUCUGGGGUGCUGGACUUUAUUAAUGUACAGUACAUCUCCAAUGAAAACUGUGCAUCAAGGACCGAGAGACUCGGUUUCCCAAUUUUUUUUUUUUUUUAUGGAGGUUAGUGGCUGAAGAGGAAUUGCUUAUCCACAAAACGUUG